AGCUCCUCCCCAGCUUUGGCGUUAAACUCAGAACCUCCGGCUCUAGGAAGUCAGAUCUGUGCACGUCGCCCACUGGACUCCGGUCGCCAGGCAGCUCCGCGCCCCUACGGCCUCCAGGACCAUGUGGUACACUAGCACCCGGGGAAUGGCCCCACGGGUCAACUUUAAGGGGGCCCUCUUCUCUGGUUAUGCACCAGAUGGGGGCCUCUAUAUGCCAGAGGAGCUCCCAAAGCUGGACAAAGAGACCCUGCGUCACUGGAGCACGCUGUCCUAUAGGAGCCUGGUGAAGGAGCUCUGUGCCCUCUUCAUUGGCCCGGAGCUUAUUCCAAGACAUGACUUAAAUGAUCUGAUUGACCGAGCCUUCAGCAGAUUCCGCCACAGAGAUGUGGUCCAUCUAUGCAAGCUGAAGAAUGGGCUGAACAUAUUGGAGUUGUGGCAUGGGGUCACAUAUGCCUUUAAGGACCUGUCCCUGUCCUGCACAGCACAGUUCCUGCAGUACUUCCUGGAGAAGAGGAAGAAGCAUGUCACCAUUGUUGUGGGAACUUCUGGAGACACAGGAAGCGCUGCCAUUGAGAGUGUUCAAGGAUCCAAGAAUGUGGACAUUAUUGUUCUCUUGCCCAAAGGCCAUUGCUCAAAGAUUCAGGAGCUCCAGAUGACAACGGUGCUAAAGGAGAAUGUCCAUGUGUUUGGAGUGGAAGGAAACAGUGAUGAGCUUGAUGAACCCAUCAAGGCCGUGUUUGCUGAUGUGGCCUUUGUCCAGAGGCACAACCUGAUGAGCUUGAACUCCAUCAACUGGUCUCGGGUCCUGGUGCAGAUGGCACACUACUUCUUCGCUUAUUUCCAGUGUACACCAUCCUUGGACAUGCACCCCCUACCCACAGUGGAGGUGGUAGUGCCGACAGGGGCUGGGGGUAAUCUUGCAGCUGGGUGCAUUGCUCAGAAGAUGGGCCUGCCAAUCUGUCUGGCUGUGGCAGUGAACCGCAAUGACAUCAUUCACAGGACUGUCCAGAAGGGAGACUUCUCUGUGUGUGAGGCUGUCAGAACAACCCUGGCAUCUGCUAUGGACAUUCAGAUGCCCUACAACAUGGAGAGGAUCUUCUGGCUGCUCUCUGGCUCUGACAGCCAGACAACCAGGGCCCUCAUGGAACAGUUUGAAAGAACCCAAAGUCUGCACCUACCCAAGGACCUACAAAGCAAGCUUUCAGAGGCAGUGACAUCUAAGUCGGUAUCUGAUGAGACCAUCACCCAGACCAUGGCCCGCUGCUGGGAGGAGAACCAGUAUCUACUAUGCCCCCACUCGGCCACAGCGGUGAACUACCAUUACCAGCAGACUGACAGUGGGCAGCCCAGUAGCAUCCCUCGGUGCUGCCUGGCUCCUGCCUCGGCAGUCAAAUUCCCAGAAGCAGUCCAGGCGGCUGGGCUGACUCCUGAGACUUCCACAGAGAUCCUGGCACUGGAGCACAAGGAGACACGCUGUAUCCCAAUGCGGAGAGGAGACGACUGGACACAGAUGCUGAGGGACACAAUUGAGGGCCUGUCCCAGCGGUGGAAAAGUUGUGUAGCGAACCCUUCAGAAUAGCCCAGGUUGGAAUGAGUUUGAAGACUCUUGUCCUAGGGAUGGCUAGGGCAAGAUGGCUCAGUAGUUAAGAACUCUUGCUGCUCUUCCAGGGGACCCAAGUUUAGUUCCCAGUGCCCAUGUCAGAUGGCUCACAACCAUCUAUAACUUCAGCUGUAGGUUUUUGACACUUCUGACCUCUGUAGGCAAUGCAUUCAUACGCAGAUACACAUACCUAUAUGCAAUUAAAAAUAAUAAAAAAUAAGUCUUUUUUU